CCCAAAACCGCCCCUAGAAAUCCACCAACGCAGUCCCCAGUAAUGAGUCACUCACCCUUAUAAAUUCAUUUCGACGCCUUGUCACUCGCCAUAUUCCUCCAACAAACGAAAAACAAAUUAUAAUCACCCAAAAAAGCCUCAGCUCUCUUUCUAGGAUUUUUGUCGUAGAAAGCAACAACUAUUCCAUUCUCGAUGGACACUAUGAUCGGAGCACUCGACACGUGUAAGCCCGCUUGCAACGACGUGGGCUGUCUACCCUCAAACGGCGCCGUAUCGACCAUCCAGAGCUCGGUCCCCUCCACCUUCGUGAACUCCACAGAGGCCACCCUGGGCCGCCACUUGGCGCGCCGGCUUGUCCAGAUCGGCGUGACGGACGUGUUCACCGUCCCCGGCGACUUCAACCUGACACUCCUCGACCAUCUCAUCGCUGAGCCAGGCCUUAACAACGUUGGCUGCUGCAACGAGCUCAACGCCGGGUACGCCGCUGACGGCUACGCCCGCUCCCGCGGCGUCGGCGCGUGCGUCGUGACCUUCACCGUCGGCGGUCUCAGCGUCCUCAACGCGAUCGCCGGGGCGUACAGCGAGAACUUGCCGCUCAUUUGCAUAGUCGGUGGUCCCAACUCCAAUGACUACGGGACAAACCGAAUUCUUCACCAUACCAUUGGUUUGCCUGACUUUAGCCAAGAGCUCAGGUGCUUUCAGACGGUAACUUGCUAUCAGGCUGUGGUGAAUAACUUGGAAGAUGCGCAUGAGAUGAUUGAUACAGCGAUUUCAACUUCUUUGAAAGAAAGCAAGCCUGUGUACAUUAGCAUAGGCUGUAACUUGCCUGGGAUUCCUCAUCCAACUUUCAGCCGUGAACCCGUUCCAUUUUCACUGGCUCCGAAAUUGACUAAUCAGAUGGGUUUAGAGGCUGCAGUGGAGGCAGCCGCGGAGUUCUUGAACAAGGCCGUGAAACCAGUUCUGGUGGGCGGGCCCAAACUGCGUGCUGCAAAGGCAUCCGAUGCCUUUGUUGAGCUUGCCGAUGCUUGCGGUUACGCCGUUGCGGCGAUGCCAUCUGCGAAAGGAUUUGUGCCGGAGCAUCAUCCGCAUUUCAUCGGGACCUACUGGGGUGCUGUGAGCACUGCCUUCUGUUCCGAGAUUGUGGAGUCCGCUGAUGCCUAUUUGUUCGCCGGGCCGAUCUUCAAUGACUACAGCUCCGUUGGGUACUCGCUCCUUCUCAAGAAGGAGAAGGCCAUCAUCGUGCAGCCCGAUCGCGUGGUGAUUGCGAAUGGGCCUGCAUUUGGAUGCGUUUUGAUGAAGGAUUUCCUCAGAGCACUUGCCAAGAGGCUCAAGAGGAACACCACUGCUUAUGAGAACUACCACAGGAUCUAUGUUCCCGAAGGGCAUCCUCCCAAGGCUUCGCCAAAAGAACCUUUGAGGGUUAAUGUUCUGUUCCAGCACAUACAGCAAAUGCUGUCUAGUGAGACUGCUGUGAUUGCUGAAACAGGGGACUCUUGGUUUAACUGUCAGAAGCUGAAAUUGCCGCCUGCUUGCGGGUAUGAGUUCCAAAUGCAAUAUGGAUCAAUCGGUUGGUCAGUUGGUGCAACUCUUGGGUAUGCACAGGCUGUGCCAGAGAAGCGAGUGAUAGCAUGCAUUGGUGAUGGGAGCUUCCAGGUCACCGCACAAGAUGUAUCAACAAUGCUUCGAUGUGGGCAGAGGACCAUCAUCUUCCUGAUAAACAAUGGUGGAUACACCAUUGAAGUUGAAAUCCAUGAUGGGCCUUACAACGUGAUUAAGAACUGGAACUACACUGGGUUGGUUGAUGCAAUACACAAUGGCGAGGGCAAGUGCUGGACAGCCAAAGUCCGCUGUGAGGAGGAGCUGAUUGAAGCAAUUGAGACAGCAACAGGGGCUAAGAAGGACUGCUUGUGCUUCAUUGAGGUGAUUGUUCACAAGGACGACACCAGCAAAGAGCUGCUUGAAUGGGGCUCCAGGGUCGCUGCUGCCAAUGGCCGCCCACCCAACCCUCAGUAAACUUCACCCACGUCAAUGAAGUGCUAUCAGCUCAAAACCGAUUCAGCUUUUUUUUUUUUUGUUGGUGUUACCACAGUAUUGAGUAUUGUGAAUUUAUGAAGUUUGUUUCCGGAAAAGUGCGUGUUCGACAUGAGAGUUUAGCUGAGUUCUGUAUAUUUACUUUUGACUUUGAUGAUCCUACUAAAAAAUCGCUACGCUUCAUUUUUCUA